CAGAGAGGGACAGAGGGACAGAGGGACAGAGGGACAGGGGGACAGAGGGACAGGGGGACAGAGGGACAGGGGGACAGGGGGAAGAAGCCCCCAGAAAUGCUGCUCCCGAGACGCGGGCUCCGGACCCUGCCCUCCCUCUGCCUCUACAUCCUGGUCCUGGUCUGGGUCGUGGCAUGCGAGCCUGAAGGGACCCCCACGCCCCUGCCCGCGCCCGAGGAAAGCCGCUGGAGCCUGGUGCCCAGCUCGGUGAAGGAGCUGGUGGGUCCGCUGCUGACUAGGACCAGAGAGAGGUGGCAGUGGUUCUGGGGCCCUGGGGCCUUACAGGGCUUUGUGCAGACCUACUAUGAUGACCACCUGAGAGACCUGGGUCCCCGCGCGCAGGCCUGGCUCACCAGCUCCAGGGACCGCCUCCUGAACACGGCCCAGGGCCUGUGCCCCAGGCUCCUGUGCGGGGACAAGGACCAGGACUGAGGCGCUGAGCCCCCCGCCCCCCCCCCCCCCAGCUCUCAAUAAAGACCUGCUCACCUGCUCACC